AUGAACUCAGAAUCGCAGGAAACUCUAAGAGUGUCUGCUACAAGCGCCGGAUUCAAUCUUGCGACAGCUCUUCUCAACCUUGCUAAUCCCGCAGGGGCGGUUGUGGGAUAUACACGAGAUCUACUGAGAUGGCUUGAACGCUCUGGCGUAGAUGAGGCCAAUUUCGAGCGCUGUAUGACUGCGGCUCGAAGCCUCGCCUAUCCAAACCAAAAUGGAAUGAUACUUUCUGGCAGUGUUGCUCAUGCCGAUGAACGACUGCAAAAGUUGCAGAAGAGGCAAUUGCCACUAGCGUUGACCUUUUCUCAAGCGCUUGGCCGAUACAUUGUUAAGGAGCCCGAGAUCUGUUAUACGGCUUCCACGACAGCCUGUCUUCUUACACAUCACGACAUGUCUGGUGCUAAGUCAGCGGUUACUUCGUUGUUGCUUGAUAAAUGUGGACAUCAAACGGAGACAACGUACCGUCACGAGAUCUGGAGGGUCUCAAUCAGGGCCGUCAUCUCAAAAUUGGUCGAAAGCAUCUUUCUCAGUAAUCCAAAUGUUGGACAUCGAUCCAAAAUCUUCCUCCAGAACUGGCAAACCUCCAUAUCCAUCCCGCGGAGUUUACAAGUUUUGCUGCGAUUGUGA